AUGACUCGACCCCGCGAAACAGUCAAAGUCCUAUAUGACUACAAACUAGCAAACGCUGAGGGAAAAUCCAUAGUUGGCCUCGAAGUAACCUACCCACCCAACGGUGCCACUCCUCCCCACCGACACGCGGGCGCCACUGUUGUGGUCCAUGUCAUCGAGGGCAAGCUUCUCAGUGGCAUGAACGGGAAUCCGCCCAAGGUAUACGAGGUGGGUGAAAGCUUCAUGGAGCUGCCCGGCUGUCAUCACACGGUGGGAGAAAAUCCGAGCAGCGAGAAUCGUGCGGUGCUUGUUGCAGUCUUCGUUGUGGAUACUGAGGUCUUGAAGUCGGGUUACGACGGGCUUACGGUGCUGGACGAAGGGUAUUGA